AAUGCGGUCUUUGUGCUGUUUUGCUUUCUAGGGGGUUUCAGCCAAGAAGAACUUCUGAAAAUAUGGAAAGGGCUCUUCUACUGCAUGUGGGUGCAGGACGAACCCCUUCUUCAGGAGGAGCUAGCGAACACUAUUUCCCAGCUCAUCCAUGUUGUUAACAACUCAGAGGCCCAGCACCUGUUCAUUCAGACCUUUUGGCAAACCAUGAACCGAGAGUGGAAGGGCAUUGACCAGCUGCGCCUGGACAAGUUCUACAUGCUGAUCCGUCUGGUUCUGAGGCAGUCCUUUGAAGUUCUGAAGCGAAACGCCUGGGAAGAAAGCCGAAUCAAGCUUUUUCUGGAUGUCUUGAUGAAGGAGAUCCUGCGUCCCGAGAGUCAGUCUCCUAACGGAGUGAAGUUCCACUUCAUUGACAUUUACCUGGACGAACUAUCCAAAGUGGGAGGGAAGGAGCUCUUGGCAGAUCAAAAUCUCAAGCUUAUCGAUCCAUUCUGCAGAAUCGCCGCCAAGACUAAGGACCGCGCGCUGGCGCAGACCAUAGCCCGGGCUGUUCUCCGCGUCAUCGCAGAGCAGUCUCCUGCUGUGCCUGGAGAGGCAGUGGAGGGCCAGAAACCUAAAGGCAGUGACGGUGGCCUCUCUGAGGAAGAGAUACCCGAAAACGAGGCGACGUGGAGAAAGCCCAUCAAUAAAAAGAGAACAGCCCCGGGCAAAUAUCACCCCAAAAAAGAGGGAGCCAGCGAUGAGGGUGCCGCGGCCGGCGGAGGAAGCGGGGAGGACGGCGGGCCUCUCCUCGCACAGUUUGACUACAAGGCCGUUGCUGAGCGACUCCUGGAAAUCACCGCCAGGAAGCACAUCCCUCCCUUCAACAGGAAGCGCCUCUGCAGACUCAUCAGGAAAUUCCAAGAUCUGUCUGAAGCAGGCAGUAUCUCUCAACUCAGUUUUGCUGAGGACACAUCUGCUGACGAAGAUGACCAGGCCCUCAGUCAAGGAAGGCGUAAGAAAAAAGGAAAGAAACCUGUGGAGAAAGAGGACGUGGAAGGAGAGGGAGGAGCCAGGUUCUUUCCUGCUGAGGAAGAGGAGAGUGAAGGUGGGAUUCCGAAGAGAAAGAGGAAAAAGAAGAAGAAGAACCACCUACGGCCUGAACACUUAGGGGCCGGUUGUGAGGCCUUGUGCCCAGAGCAGAAUGGGAGUGGUGAGCCAGGGGCCCGGCCGGGAAGCGCCCAGAAGAUGAGCCUGGCAGAGCUGGGGGCAGUAGCCGCACCUGGCGCCCAGGAGCGCAGCAGCUCAGAGCAGCCCUCCGUACCCAGCAGGAGGAAACGACCGAGGAAGAGGAGGCUGGGGGUCCAGGUGGAGAGCGCCAGGUCGGCAGCAUCUCCUGAGGAGGGCUUGCCUCCAGGCGGUCCUGUUCAGGGACCAGACCCCCGAGCCUCCCUGGCCGGUGGCGCCCCAGUCCUGAAGAGGAAGCGGACGCUCGGGGCUCCCCUGGUCAACGGCAGUGCCCCCACCACGCUAGCCUGGCCCCUGCCCCGGAGGGAGGCACCUCCAGCCAGCCCAGCAGAUGGAGAGGACUGCCCUGCCGCCCCACCCCAGGGUGGGAAACCGAAGAAAAAGAAGGGGGUGCCUAGCAGACUUGAAUGCUGCAACCCGUCCACACAGAAAACCACCAUCCUGAAAAAGAGGAAGAAGAUGAAAGAGAUGUCGCACUUGGAGCACAGAGGAGCCAGGCUCAUCCAGGCUCUGGGGAGCAGCGGGGCGCUCAGCCCUUUGAAGAAGAAGCUGAGAACAGAGAAGGACUUCGUGAAGUUCGACGCCUCCUUCUGCCCAAAGCCCCUGUUCUUCAGGAAGGCCAAGGGCAGCACUGCCACCACCUCGCCGGGCGCCCCCCUGCAGGCGAGCAGGACACCGUCCAGCUCCAAGAAGGUGACCUUCGGGUUGAGCAGGAACACGACUGCGGAAUUCAGGAAGACAGACGAGAGUAUCCUGGUCAGCCCCGCAGGCCCCUCCCGGGUGGCCUUCGACCCCCAGCAGAGGCCCCUCCACGGGGUCCUGAAGGCCCCCGCGAGCUCGCCAGCCAGCGCCCCGCUGGGGACCAAGAAGCCCCUGGCUGCCACGCCCAGGAGAGGGCCGGCGGCUGAGGACUUCUUCUGACCGCAGCAGAGCCCUUUCAAAGACUGCUUUCGCACAGGGUGUUCUAGACAUCACGACGUUUAAAAGAUGGGGCCUUUUCAUUGCUUUGUAAAUUCCCGUGAACUGUCCACGGGGCUCUGAGUGCGAGCUCCGGCACUUCUGUGGCCCCGGCCCUUCCAGCAGGGGCUGCGGGCAGUGGGCGAAGCCUUUGCUGCCCACAUUGUCCGUGCCGGAGCCCCCGGGGGUCCAGGCAGGGGGUCCCUUCGGUGCCCCGCUGGUGUGGUGGCUGGGCGCUCAGCUGGGGUCUGAGACCGUUGGCUGCCAGCGUCCGGGCAUCCCCGCCAGCCGCCGGCGUGAGCAGCGCUGCCGGGCCUGGGCCCGGGCUAGUUUUCUGGGGGGUUUUAGUCUAAUGGUCUUUCUCCUUUUAAAAGGUGCGCAGGGCCUCGUUCCCACGCCCGUGGGUAUUUGGCAUCUUGCAACAAGAUGAGUCUGGUCACCACAUCAGCAGUGCCACACUUUCUCUGAGUGCACUCACUCAGUAGGGGUGACCCUGUGAGGGGGGCAGGAGAGAGGCACCUCUGCCCUCGGGGCGCCUCCUCCCUCCACCUCGGCCCGGUCUCCUGCCCCGGCCUCCUCCCUCGGGCCAGCCCAGGGCGUACUCAGCGGUGACAGCCGGCACCCCCUCACUCCCAGCCUGGCCGGCACGCCUGCUUCCAGGCCCUUGUGCUCGGUUACUCUUCGUAAAAAGUGUCUGAGUCCCAACCGGAGUGGCUGGCGGCCCCAGGAGCAGCUUUCCCACCCCUGAUCUGGACUCUGGCUGGGGAGGCGGGGCAGUGCUGCCUGACACCUGCGUGCCCGCCGGAAGCGGGAGACUGCAGCGGCCGCUGAGCUCUGUCUGCGCUUAUUUAUUUGUUCAUAGCUACCGUUUUUUCGAACAUUGACACUUGUACUUACAGAUUUUUAUAAAGUUAUAAUUUUAGUUAAUUAGUAGAAUUGGGGGUGGGAAAGGCCCAGACCUGAGUUGGAGGAGC